CGGUUCGUCCACCAGGGCAAUGUCGUCCUUACGAAAAUGUUUCUUAUUCAAGUGCGCGAUGCAGCCAAGCGAUUGUUUGAACGCCAUUUAUUCCUUACUAAUAUUACCGUCAGCGGUACUCUCUUUGGGUUAGGUGAUGCGCUACAGCAAAACAUCGAAAUCCAUGUCCAAAAGAACAAAAAGCCGUUCGAUUGGGCACGAACAGGCCGAAUGGCAGCAACCGGCAUGUUCGUUAUGGGUCCACUAUCCCACCAUUGGUUCCGCUUCCUCGACCGGAUGUGGCCUUUGCGCAAUGGGAUAACGAUCGCCAAGAAAGUGGCCAUGGAUCAACUGGGAUCCGGCCCGGCAUUCCAGUUCGCCUUUUUCUGGAGCAUGGGGACACUGGAACGAAAGAAAUGGAAAGAAAUCACACACGAGUUUAAGUCGAAAUUCGCCUAUGUCUUCGCCGCUGACUGUAUGGUGUGGGUGCCCCUGCAGUCAUUGAAUUUCUACUUUGUCCAACCUCAACACAGGAUUCUCUUCAUCAGUUGUGUAUUUGUGUUGUGGAACACCAUUCUUUCCUACUUCAAGCACUCGGACCUCCCGGUACAAGCAGCGCGGGAAAUCAAAGCAAUUCAGCGGUCAGCUUCCACACACGCCUUGCCUAUGCUGUAAUACACCAUCCAACAGAAACCGCUCGAUGCUCAUUUUAUCCAGAUUGUUGUGAUUAUUUGCUUAGCAGUAUUACUAUUACAAAAUAAAUGUACUUAUGCUCGCAUAAACGACUGGUGUUUUGCUUGCCUCUAAUUACUAAUAUUAUAAUGCUUCGAGAAUCGAGAUGUUGUUUUUUGUCUGCCGAUGCAUGUCAUGAAUGUCACUCAAUUAAGAAUUCCAGACCGCAAAUCUUUAUAGCUGAUUGUUAAUAUUUUGUUUUGCCGUACAUCGGUCGAAUUUUGUAUCAACAGCAUGCAUGUAUUGUACAUAAAAUUAUAUGGAAAAUCA